AUGGUUGCCAGCGCCAGUAUAAAAACCAGCCAGGCAGCUGAGCAUGCGCGGGAGAUGCGGCCCAACCACCGCGCACCAGUCUCAUGGUAUGGCGGGACCCCCAGCGCCAGCGACGCCACGUACAGUGGACGCAGCGUCUGCAACGGGCUGAACUCGCUCUCCGCUCCCAGUGGUGUAGAGGAUGAUAUCGUGUCCGCAUGCUACAGUCAGGAGACGCCGCCAGGGACUCCGACUGGUGGCCCAGAACCAACUGGUCCACCAGGGACCCCUACAGGAGGACCUCAGACAACUGGCCCACCAGGUCCACCAACUAUUGGAGGUCCUGAACCAACUGGACCACCAGGGACCCCUACAGGUGGACCUCAAACAACUAGCCCACCAGGUCCACCACCUACUGAUGGACCUGGACCAACUGCCACAACAGGUGUAAAUACCCCUUACCCUGAUCCAACUUGGUCCAUCUGGUUCCAUUUAUGA